AUGGAGAAGGUGGAGUCAGCACUAGAUGUACUAUCGCGUGCUGCAACGAUGGUACAACCGUGCCCUGCAUACCCUGCCAGCGAUUCAGACAGCUUCGAAACUCCAAGCACUGCAUCCAGUGGCGAAUCAGAAGGUGAUCGCACCCUGUCUCCGGAGACGCCGCGAGUGCAGCCCAAGGAACUGACUGGCAAAUGGCGCAGGGAGAGACGGAACACACGUCUCCCUGAUUAUAGACCGAGGGAGAACGGUAAGAUGGCGCUCCGGUCGCAGUCUUUCAACGAGCGGCGCUGCGUGGCGUCUGUUGCGCGGGCGCAGCCGCAUAGUGAUGGAGAACUAUCGGACGAGACUGAAGAAGGUCCCGCUAACUUAGCAAUUAAUGGAAAACGGGCACCUCCAGAAUACCCAGUUGGAAAGAACGAGGCUCCGAUAGACAUGCGCCUGCGAUCCCGACCCGCACCGCCGCCCUACACGAGGCCGUCUGUCAUCACAAAGAGCAAUGAUACUCCACCCGGUUCAAUGUCAAUGUGUGACCCUGUGAUCGAUGAACAUUUCCGGCGUUCACUGGGCGAUGACUACAUGAACUUAUUUAAGAAAAACAACCCAGAAAGUGCACAGCCUACACCAAAACCCAACAUGAAAGACCGGGCGAGCAGCCCUAUACAGUUCAAAACUGAAGAGCCCCCGAAACCUGCAAAAAUAAUAGCAAUGGAAGUGGACGAUGCGAGUAUGUCUGUAGACGACCACUUCGCAAAGGCGUUAGGUGACACCUGGAGGCAAAUACAGACAUCAAGGUUAAAAGAUAACGAAAAAGUACAGCCAGCGAGCAAGGGAGGCGUCGACGACCACUUCAGUAAAGCCCUCGGAGAGACGUGGAAACAAAUUCAAUCGUCGAAACUCAACUUAGACACAGAUAACGAAAAACCUAAAGAUCAAACGACGAAAAUUAUUUCAAGGAGCGGAGUAGUAAUAUAA